AUCGAUACAAAUUAUCGGACACGUUGUUCAAAUUUACGAAAAAGUGAUCUUAUGGCAAAUCAGGAAAUUCCGGCAAAUCCGGCAAAUCCGCCAAAUCCGCCAAAUCUGGCAAAUCCGGCAAAUCUGGCAAAUCCGGCAAAUCCGGAGAAUCUGGCGAAUCAGGAAAAAUCGCCGAAUCAUGAAAAUCUGCCGAAUCAGGAAGGUGCGGGAAAUCCAGGAAUUCCGAAUAAUCCAGGAAAUCCACCUAAUCCGGCAAUUCAAGCGAAUCCGGCAAUUCCGGCAAAUCAGGAAAAUCCACCGAAUCAGAAAGUUCCGGCAAAUCUAGGAAAUCAAGGAGUUUCGGUUAUUCCGGCAAACCCAGGAAAUCAGGGAAAUCCAGCAAAUCCGGCAAAUCCAGUAAUUCCGGCAAAUCCGGUAAUUCCGGCAAAUCCAGUAAUUCCGGCAAAUCCCGUAAUUCCGGCAAAUCCGGUAAAUCCGGCAAAUCCCGUAAUUCCGGCAAAACAGAACAUGGAGAAGAAAAAUAAAAGAAAAGAAAAGGAAAAAGAAAGAAAAAAAGCAGAAAAGUUUAGUGCUGACGAGAAAACAGCAAAUAUAAAAGAUCGAAUCAUAAACUGCGUGUACCCUGUCAUAUUGAUAAUACUUUUCUGGCUGCUACUGUUUAUUGGUGCACGGCAAGACGAAAAACCAUCUUUAUGUGAAUCUCCACAGUGCAUCACCCUUGCUUUUGAACUUAGUGCAUAUCAGGAUACAUCAGUUUCCAAGUGCCACAAUUUUUAUAAAGCUACUUGUGGAAAGUACAAACAUCAUCAGGCACUGGAUAAGCACAGGGAUGCCAAGAAAAAGGAAGUUGUCAAGAGAAUUGUCAGAGAAUUUUUGCGAAGGAACGAGUCAUCCAUCACUUCCAAAUUCGAGCCUGCUAUCAGACUGAUGUUUGGGAAAUGUAACAAGUUUUCACAGAAUAAAACCUAUCUGGACAUUUUCAAGGAUAUCGAAAAGAUUGGGCCAUGGCCUGUGUUGAAAAGCGACUGGGUAGAUGUCAUGUUUAAUUUGAAUGACUAUCUCCUAAGCCUGGUUGAACUUGGAUUCACCGAUUUUGGACUCUUCAAGCUCGAGUUCAGACAACUUGCGUUUGGCCAGUUUCCGGUUAUUGCUCCGAGUGAGCAGAAACAAGGAAAUCAGCUGGAAAAGAUAAUUUUGGAAAUUCUCGAGGCUAAUGGGGUCCAAGCAGAUCGCCAGAAAUUAUCAAAAUAUUUAAGGGAGUAUUCUGAAUUUAAAAGUCAAUUGAGACAUAUGUCUCUAGAAGGAACUUCAGUCAAAUAUAUCAGAUAUAAUGCUUCAACUCUAAGUGUAAAUAUAUCAGCUCUUGUUCAAAAAAUGGCUCCAAUGUCGACUAGCUCAGGCCUGGUCCGUCGUAUUCAGUCAGGAAUCCUGAUCACAAAUAGUUCAUCAUUUUUUGGCAAAAAUCUGGACGCGAUUAUUCAACAGACACAUAAGAGAACGUUGGCAAAUUAUUUGAUCUUUCAUUUCAUUGAUGCAGUCACUUUUGAUUUGACAAGCGGGGCGAAACACAGUGAACAUACUCUAAUCGAUCUGCUCCCUCGUGGCUCACUUCAAGUGCUCUCACAGGAUUUUGUCGAUGAGGAGGAUCAGGGAGUGAUGGUCGAGAUGGCUAAGGAUCUGAAGAAACAUGUAGUGGAAAUGAUAAGCGAGGGUUCUUCAUUGGAUAAAGGGCACCUUGUUUUUGAGGAAAAGGAAAGAAGAAAACUCAUUCGAAAAGUUCAGGAUAUCCUAGUUGUUACUAAAUAUCCGCUGGAAAUUUUGAAUCAAAACUUCGAAAAGCUCAACCUGACGUAUUCUGACUCCUUGCACAAAAUCAUUCAAAAGCUACGCCGAUUCCGUUCCGAACAACUUAUAGAGUAUCUUGGUGGAGAUCUGGAUCCAACUGAUAAAGGGAUGUGGGGAAGUGCUCAUUAUGAGCAAGCGACCAAUGAUUUGAUAAUCAUUGCUCCGAUCAUUGAUGGCCCUUACUUUGAUACCUCUUACCCUAACUACGUGAACAUUUUCUUCAUGGGAUUCAUCAUUAGCCGAGAGCUGGGCCGCUCCUUGGAUUCAGUGAGGAUUCGGAAGGAUGAGAAGGGCCACACUGAGAAUUGGCUGAAGUCGGAGAGCUUGAAGAGAUUUGACAAUAACGUGAAAUGUUGGCGUAAAAAGAUCACUGGAACUCGUUUUCUGAACGAGAUGCUCGCUGACCAUGUUGGACAUGAAGCGUCUUUUAUGGCUUUGAAGAAAUGGGAAAAGGAAAUGAAUGGGACGAUAGUAGAGAAGAUUCGUGGAUAUGAGAGUAUGACGAUGGAGCAGAUUUUCUUUCACCUUCAAGCUUUGUACUUCUGCCGUCCCCCGGGUGGUUCAACCGGUGAACUAACCGCCAAAGAUGCUCGCCAACAUUACUCGACUCGUGUCAAUGAAGCAUUCAAGAACAUGCCACAAUUCGCCAAAGCUUUUGGUUGUUCUUCUAAUCAGAACAUGAAUUCAAAGACCAAGUGCACUUUUUUCUGAAACGUUUUGAUUUUCUGGGGUAAUAAAUGUUAUUACGUUU